GGUUGACUCACUGACGGAAUCAGGCCCAGGCCCACUUUGUAGUCUAGAAGGAGCGCCGUCACCUCUAUACUCUGACCUGAGCCUGGAUGGUGAUACGGACCGUGCUGCUAGAGACAAUGGCAUACAUGAAGACUCGGAUGUUGAGCUCCGUUGCGUCGACGAUCCGUCAAAUUCUUCAGAGGUCCCAAGGACGCCGGAUAUGUCGUAUGAAAGAAGUAGUAUCACCACAAGCCCAAAGUCAGCAUUUCAAGACAACUUGUAUGAGGUACGAGAUGAUGGAGACAAGAGGGAUAAUGAAGGAGAAACUGAAGAGGGGGCAAUGCCUGAUUUUGAGUCCCAACUCGAAGAUGUCUGAGAAUCUGGCGCCAGCUCUGACUCGGACGUCCUGGAUACCGAAAGCGAGAUGGAUCCUGAUGACGAUGAUGCUACAAGAGCAUCUGUGGAAUCAGAUGUCUAUUUGGCCAAGCGUUUCUUGGAGAGAACCUGGGAACGCGCAUGUCGUUGCGAAAAAGAAGGAGAGGAAAAUGAUGCAGAACAGACCAGCCAGGAUGAGCAGCAAGGACGUGGCCUGUUGGAUAUAGCCGAUUACUGGAGGAAUCUUGAAGUCCCAGACUCAAUCGGUAACGCGUCACCUCGUGCUGAGGCAGAUGCAAACGACCUUGCUCACUUGAAUUGGUCCUCGAUAUUAAGUGGUGGAGGGAGCUGUCCAAAACUUGACAUUCAGUCUCCUCAGUUUGGCGCAUAUGUUUUUUUCCUUGGGAUUUCCCACAUACGCCGAACAACUACCUACCUUACCAGCAGUGAAAGGCGAACGUGGAUCAACGAGCUUCUCCUACCCGCCAUCCGCCACUGUUGCCCACCUGACGUGACACAGCACCAUCCUCGUUCAUUCGACGGCGUGGAGAGCAAGGCUUACAGUCGCAAAAGGGAAACCUGCGGGGGGAUGGUUCAUAACAAGAUGGAUAUGCACCACUACCUUCCGCACGAAUACUUGCAGCAAGUCUGGCACUAUAGGAAUCAGCACACUGAGAGACCCGAACAUGCUAUAUUCCGCGGAAUGUUCAUUGUGCUCAGUGCGAAAAACAUCAAGUUGGAAGCUAAAUCACCAACGCUCCAGCGAUGCCGCCCUCAGGUCGUGAAUCACCUCCAGCAACUCCUAGACUGGUCAAAGGCUAAUUUGUCCAACACAUGGGUGGAUGUUGGUAUCGAGGAUACUGCAUUUUCGGAAAAGUGCACGUUUCUGUUCAAAAGUAGAUGUUUAAAGUCAUGGGCACAUACGAUGAGAAACAGUACUGAUCAACCAUUGAUGUCCUCCGAACAUUUUAACUGGAAUCUCACCAGCCAAGCUGGAAGCGCCAGAAUGGAGACUCGCCGCUCCCACCCACUGCGCAAGGGAGGCAUCGCUUACGCCCAACGAUACAACGUGAACAAAGAUCUCUUCUCGACAGCAUCGAAGCGGGACGGCGGGCUGUUCAGCGAGCCAAACUUGGAGGGACUGACAUGCCCGAUUUCGUUGCUCGACGCUUGGAUCGUAGCUGCUCGACAAUAUCGCAAUGCCGGGUUGGCGACCUCGGCCAAAUCUGAGCCCAAACUCAAACGGUUUCGUAAAGCUCUUCAGGCUAUGAAAGCUCGAAUAGGAUUUGCAUUACCGGUACUAUUCCUGUAUAUAGAACAAUGUCAAAUCAACUCUACACCCUGGCAAUAAUCAACCCUACUAGGUUUAAAGUGGGUCAAUAAAAUCAACUCUACUAGAGUUGAUUUUGGACUGUAGGACUAGGGCCACCACGCAACACAAGCCAGGCUAUGGACCGGGCCGACGCAACCGCCUCAGGCGUUAUAAGCCACCUGGCUCUCGGCCGUAAGCAACCCUAUAACGGAAGAAGGGGUGGUUUGCCCUAGAGCAGAGCCCGUAUCGCAGCUACGCACAGUAACUUGAGGGGAACUCUAUCUCGUCUUAUCCCCCGUGGGGAGUGGCA